CAACUCACACAAACUCUAAUUUCAAAGCAGAUUUUAAGUCCAGUGGAUGAACUGUACCAAAAAAUUACAAAUUUUAUUAUUUUGUACUACAAGUCAACAGAUGAUACUCAGUGUGCCUUUGUAGUCUGUUCACUGUUAACUAUAUACUAUACUGGAGGUACAUAUAGGUACAGCCAGCUAUGACAUCAUCUGAGCAAGACAGAAACACUGACUUCGUCCAAUGAAGGCCAAAGGCUGUUUAUAAACUUUCGCAUAGUAGCAAUUUGCUAGCAAACUGUUACUGUGUUUGAAUUAGUAAUUUAACGAGCCACAAUAGCGCGAUUUACCUUUGAAUAUGUUUGUACUGUUAGCUUCAUUUCCUAUAACCUAAAAAUUGCAAUAUUAUUGACAUAAAAAAAUAAAUGUUACUGACAGAAACUCCACUGAAUUAAAACCUUUUUUAAAUCAUGAUACUGUCCGUUUAACAAUGAACUAGUCAAACAAAUGAAGUUAAUCUGUUGUCAUGGAGAAAUCAAUACUUGACAAUAACAGUUUGUGCAAUGUAUAAUCUUGUCAUAGGAAUAAAAAUGACUUUAUUUGUUAUUUAGUUAAUUUUAUUCACUUUUGUUGGAUUAAAUAAGUAAAAAAUAGUCGUAAUUUGCGUAGAGAGAGAUAACCAAAAAGUUUUAGGCAAAGUGCUUACCUUUCUGAGACCAAGCGUCAAAAAUGCAGAAAAAUAACAAACCAACGCGAAAAAAAGGCCAGCCUUCUCCGUCGCCUUCCACCUCCGAUGUAAAAUUACCUAAAAUACCGAAGCUUUCAAUGCCGGAAGACUUCAAAAUACGGACGCGGCCUUUAUUUUCGUUACCAGAAGAAGUUUUGAAAUUACCUGCGCCGGCUACCAAAGCAGCAAAACUACAAGCUGCAAAACUUGCACCGAAGAAGAAGUCCAGCGCAAUGCAGAGUUUCACGCAAAUGAGAAAGGCUCGGGAAGAAUUUAGAUUAAAGCUGGUAAACCUGAUAUGUCAGAUUGGCGGUGAAGAUGAAAACCACGAGGUGUCGAUGCCCACUGGCGAAGAACAGAAUAUGCUUAGAUAUUAUUACUACUUGCGAUAUGGUAUUGAUACCAUACAUGUAGCGCCGUUGGAUAAUAAAAUAAUAUUAAGGGUACAUAAUCUUAUAUCUCCAAAAUUGAAGAAAUGGAAGGAAACGCUUUUUACGUGCACCGAUGAGAUGCGCGAAGAUUUUAUGAUGAGUAUGAAAAAAGCGAUCGUGGAUUUUGUACUGAAAGACCCGAAUACGGUACGAUACCUAAUUAAACUUAAUUUAUCUCUUAAACAUAGUUAA